AGUAUGGAACAACGCAUCGAUCUGCUUAGUAACACUAAAUAUUUUAGUGGAGAGAGAAAAAAAAAUCAUUUUUCAUUUUAAAUUAUUUUUUCUGUUGCUUUUUUCUUUUGUUUAUUUUUUAAUUGACUUUUUUUUAAAAACAUUACCAUGUUGUUGCUUCGCUGAAAAGGAGCAAAGACGCUACAAAUCCGAUUAUUACGUUAAGAAUGAAGUAAAACAGAACUCAGUUGUCAGUGAUCGAAAAAAAAAUUCAAUUCCCAGUUUGUAUCAUUACUGGUUCACAUUAUAAAUAUAGCAAAUAACGAAUUGAAAUUUAUGGACAUUUUAUUAUUUAUAAUUUGUGAGAUAAUUGUUGUAUGUAAAAGCGUUUACAAAUAAUUGAGACUACAACCCGCCAGCUACCUAAUUUGUGUGUACCAAAAAGUAUAAAUCUUGUUUAGUACAAAGCGAUUUUUGCAUUUUCCUGAGUAUUUUGUUGUUCUCUGAUAUGGAUUGCUGGAUGCAAGAUGUGGUCACUAUGAUGGCUGAGGGCUCUGGAUUAAGAAUAAAGCAAGAGAUAGAAACCACAUGCUGUAGUCCGUCUCCAUCGUCAGGUAGUGGCAAUCAACCAUUCGUAUACAAUACGUCACAAUCAAACAUCGAAAUGGAGUUGAAAUGCGCUUCAGCUGAACCACACCCCUCUCCGGGAUCACCAGAUCAACAGUAUUGUAGUUCGACAACUACACCGAUCGGUGACAUGUGCAAUGAUAUUAAUAUGGAUAAUUCGAAAGAGGAAUUAGUUCCGCGACGAUUGUGUUUAGUUUGCGGUGACGUUGCGUCAGGAUUUCAUUAUGGUGUAGCGAGUUGCGAGGCAUGCAAAGCAUUUUUUAAACGGACAAUUCAGGGAAACAUUGAGUACACGUGCCCGGCCAGCAACGAAUGCGAAAUAAACAAAAGGAGACGAAAAGCGUGUCAGGCAUGUCGAUUUCAAAAAUGUCUGCUCAUGGGUAUGCUGAAGGAGGGUGUACGCUUGGACCGAGUACGCGGAGGACGACAGAAAUAUCGACGAAAUCCUUCCGUCAAUCCUUACCAGUUUAUGAUACCGCAAUCUACCACAACUGCUGCUCCCACAUCGUUGGAAGAUAUAAAAAUGCUGGAAACGCUAUCGAUUAGUGAACCGGAAAUGUUAUCGGUUGGCGUAGUUGGAAUGGAUCUUAUGAAAAAUAAUUGUGAUGACAAUGGAGAUGAUAAAUCAAGGUCAACUUCAGACGUUCGUAUGGACACUGACGCACAGGAACUGCUCAGUGUUUUAAGUGAUAUUUAUGAUAAGGAACUAGUAAAUGUUAUUGGCUGGGCGAAACAAAUACCAGGUUUUAUUGAUCUGCCUCUUAAUGACCAAAUGAAGUUGCUACAGGUAACAUGGGCAGAACUUUUAACCUUACAGCUAGCACAUCGUUCAAUUCCGUACAAUGGUAGAUUGAAUUUUGCUAAGGAUUUUUGGUUGGACGAACGAUCUGCCAAAGAUUGCGGUGCAGUAGAGCUGUUUAAUCACUGCGUUCAAAUAACUCAACGACUGGAACGGUUGUCUGCUCGUAAAGAGGAAUACUUUUUAAUAAAAGCUUUAACUUUGUCCAAUUGUGACAUUCGUCUGGACAAUUUGUCAGCACUGCGAAAAUUCAGAGAUUCAAUACUGAGCUCGUUGAACGAUUGCGUGUAUUUGCUGAGACAUAAUGGAGCCGUUUCACAUCAGCAACAAUUGCUCCUAUUACUACCGUCAUUGCGUCAGGCUGAUCACAUAAUUCGAAAAUUUUGGAUUCAAGUCUAUCGGGAGGGUAAUGUUAAUAUGAAAAAACUUUUUGUCGAAAUGUUGGAAUCUGUUUCAAAAUAACGGACAAGCGGUUCGUACUUUUGCUUUUGGUAUGAAUAAGUUUUGUUAAUUUUUAUAAAACAAGGAAAAUAUUCAAAAAACAAAAAAAAAACGAAAAUUCAGCGAAAAGAUAGACAAACAAAAAAUCAAUUUUAGGUAUGGUAUGGUUGAUGGUCGGUUCGUAAAAAAAAUGUUUAAAAAAGGAAAAAAAAAUGUGAGCAAGUUAAAUAUCCGAACAUUGUUAUUCUAAAGUGGAAAUUGAUUUUCGAUUACACAGUUUUGACCUAUCCAUUUGAAUAAAAAAUGUUUUCCUGAACUUCCCUAACUUUGUAAAUAUUUACGAAAUCGAACGUGUACAUUCGUGGACAAACAGCUAAAAGAAACUAGCAUAUCAUUUUUAUUACAGUUAAGGUCAAACAAAUUUGUAUCUGCUUCCACCCAUACAAUCACACUGCUUAUAUACUGUUUAAGGAAUAUUAGUUUAAACAUCCCAAGCAGACGCAGACACAAUUUUUGUUCACUUUAACUGUUAGUCCCUUUGAUUAAUAGUCAUUUACAUAACAAGGGAUAAAAUGAUGAAAAGUAGAGUUGUCGUGAGAAUUUUGCGUAGCCGGGAGGUCAAUAAAGACACGAAAACGAGACUUUUCAUUUUAUCUGAGUUAUGUAAUAGUUAUUCUGCGAACGAUUGCUAAAAGGCGUUUUUAGCUUAUUCGAUUCCAGCACUCGCUUCCCGGCUCGUGCUUGAAAUUCGCUAAAAAAGUCUCUCAGCAGGCGUUAGGAAAAUACAUGCUGAGGGCGUCGAAAGUAGUGCGGUACAUGAAAAGUACGGUUUCCGACGCAUGUAAAAAUAUUUAAAUCUGCUACGACGAUUGUAAUAAACUUUUCGUCACAAAAAUUUCACAUAACACAUGGGAUUUUCCAAAUGAUCAUUGUUUCUGCCGCUGUUUCCAUUGUACUGUUACUUGGCCAAUCUCGAUUUAAACACAAUGCCAUGAUGACGUUGUUGCGGUAGACUAUAGAAUUAGCGUUAUAAUGGCACCGUCAAAUGUAGUAAGUUCACUUGUACUGUGACCGUAUUGGUAGAUCACCGAUGCCGAAUGCAUCAAAUUAAUACUUUUGAAGGACGAGAGGACGAGAUGCUUAUUUUAGUUAAAUGACAGCAACUCCAUCAUCGUAGAAAUUGACCAGAAACUUUGGAGUUAGUAUGACAGGAGUGAAUUGUAACGAAAUGUCAGAAAAAUAUAUUGAGCUGCUAGAUAAUUCAGAUUCAUUUUAUUCGGAAUAAUUGAGAUACCGAAAAUAGUGCGAAAAACAGUAAACAGUAUAAGGAAGUAGUCUUGCAGGCUUAUUAAUAUUUCCAUAAUAUGGAAGCGUAUUUUACCUUUUUUACCAGACUACGGACGUGCACAAUUGUGUUACAUUUUUUUUUCAAAUAUUCCACAUGCUACAUGCGUCGAAAACCAUAAUCUUCUGAUUUGAAGCAGUACUUUCGACAUCCUUAGAAUUUAUUGACAUGGAUUUAUUGCUUUGGAUCAACAAAAUUCACACGAAAAUUCGACUAUUCAACUUUUUUUAACCGUACCUGAAAUUGGCUGGAUGGAUUAGGUCGGGUUCGGGUUCAAACAAAUCAAUCAUGAGCUAUUAAAUUCUAUGAAGCAACAGUGACCCAGAUAAUUCUAAACAAGUAAAUGUAACUAAUGCAUGAAUUAACUCAGUUGAAGGUUUAAGGAAUUUCGUUGAGGUAUCUCUUCGAAAAUCGUCAAAUCUGCAGAAUCGAAAAUUUAUUUGCCGAAAGUAGGCUCUCAUAACCCAUACAGAUGGUAAAUUUCGGAAAAACAUGAAUCAGAAUGAUUGUUGUAAGCAUAACGUUUUUAAGUGACAAAGGGAGUUUUUGUUAGAAAGAAAAAAACAAAACUUUAGAAACACUUGAACUUGUAGGGAUACUACUGGCUUCUGUGAAUUUAUCUUAGCUCUUUGUCUACAAUUAAAGUUCAUAUCAACCUACUUUUUGAUCAUACAGAACCAUUGUCGUCUAAUAUAUCGAAAAUUUACACAUUCUUCGAUCAUAGCUCGACGAUGGUAACUCCCUGCUGUACAAACAAAGAAAUAUACCAAGCGAAUUUCUAGUUGAAAGUUUGGUUCUACAUUGUAGAAUCUACAAUCAAUUGUAAAUAUCGUAUCAUCAGAUUGCGUAGCCGAUGUAAACGAGUUAAAUUUAACAUUUUGGAAUCUUUUACGUCUGAUCGACCACUUUUCCAAUUAUGUUCACAUCAGUGAUGAUUCUAUUAUUUUUUUUGGCGUAAAUAAAUUCUAAUGAAAUUCUACUUCCUAAACCUGUUAGAGAUGUAACAAUUUCAUUAAAAUUUAUAAUUUCCAUGUACAUCCAUGUAAAAAACACAUUACCGCAAAAAUACGUUAUUCCAAUGAAUAUGGAUGAAUCAGCAAUAGAUUACUAAAGACGAGCUGUACAAUAAUGUUUUUCCCUGCUCAUCAAUAUUCUUCACCGAUUAAAAGUUGCUUGAGGCAAUUCAAACAAUUGAUAAAUGACGUCUGCAUUCAAGCGAUUAGAAUUAAAAUUUCUCAGUGUGAAAAUGUGGACCGAGUCUGGUUUGCUAUAAGUAAAACCAAUUCAAAUGUUCGAUCCUCUUCAUUAUGGUUUGCUAAUAGAAAUAGCUAUCAGAAUGUUAAAUUUAAUUCUGCAAUCUAAAGUUUGCGUAAAAUGAAUGACCGAAAUUUACAAAUUAACAGUCUUAUAGUGUGUGCAGCUAGCGUUGUCCAAUCUUUAGAAAGCGAAAAUCAUGUUAAAAUUAACAGAUAUCUUUGACAACUAUGCAAAUAUCCCGGAAUGUAACGGUGUAUGUGCCUAAAAUGUGUUCACUGUGAGCAUACCAAUCUAUGAACUCAAAACUAUCGAAAUGUCUACACUUCUAAUUAAAAUGAUCAAAAAUCGUAUGUAAAAUCUUGGAGUGCAACUACUUCCUCUGAAUACUUGGCACCUCUGGACAAUACCCGUACUGUACAAAUUUUCGUAGAUUUUCAUUCACUUUAUUCGCUUGUUUGGGGACCACCUCUUUCUAAUCAUUCUUCACUAAAUAAACGAGCGGAGAACCAUAUAGCACUUUGUUCCAAACUGAAACGUUAUGCUGUAGAAUGUUUCAUUCCGAUUUCAUCUUUUAUUGAUUCUAGCUAAAUUCUACUCAUUUUAUAGACGAGGAUAUUAUGCUUUAAAAUAACAAUAAACAAAAAUAAAAUAAAAAAGAAACAUUAAAAUAGAAGAACAAACGAAUAAAAAAAACCAAACAAAAUAACCGCAAGAACCUCAUUCAAUAAAACAAAAGUACAAUAUUGAAACAGAUAAAAAUUUUGAAAAUUUAAUUUUAACAAAUUAAAAUGUAAAAGUUUUAUGUGUUAACUCCGUAGCAAUAUAGAACAAGUGUAGAAGUACAACGAAGUGACGAGACAAAGCUGAUUCUUUUUCCUUUUAAAUACAAAAUGGUUCUUGAUCUUGAUUUUUACUUUCAUUAUUUCUUCAAAACAAAAGUUUUAAAACAAAAAUGGAAAAUGCCUGUACUAUAUUCAGGGAAUUGAUACCUCUGAUGGCGCUGCAUUGCUUUGGCUACAAUUUGAAAGUUAAAUUCUGCGUGACCUAUUGAAAAAUUACUUAGCUUUGAACCAUGCAUUACAUAUUUUUGAAUAAUCGACCGUGAAGAAUAGCCGUCGCGCUGUGUACAUAAAUCCACAUCAUAUCCGUGUCACAUAAAUUAGUUGUCAUUAAAUUUCACACUAAAAUGUAUAUUAUGACUCAAUCUACUUAUCAAAAUUUAAGCUAAACUUUGUGAUAGGAUUGCACAAGUCUGUCAUAUUUUGAUAUAUUUUUUGUCAGUAAUUUGGUGGACCAGAUCAAGGCAUAUUUUUAGAAAUUAAUUUCGUAAAAAUUCCAUGAAAUUCUUUUGAAAAAAUUCUAAACUUCAAACUCUACUGGUUAUGUGCACAGGCACCAGCUCUUGAUAUGUCACGGUCACGGUCACGGUCAUGAAAUUCUUUUGAAAAAAUUCUAAACUUCUGAAUUCAGAAUUUUUUUCAAAAAAUUUUAUGAAGCUUUCGAAAAAUAAAAUGCCUAGAAGAAGCGCCAGUGACAUUUUUUAUUAGAGCCAAAUUUACUGACAACGUAGGAAUUUUAUCUGUGCGCCAACAACAUUAUUUCGCUGAACUACAGCAAUAAGUUGACUAAAAUGGAUUUUAAAAGAACUUCUAGUUAAUGUGCGGGUUUCGUAAAUCCAAAAACAAAAGAAUUUUUUUGUCAUAAUCUAAACUCAAACUUUUCAAAAUAGUCUGUCUUACCCGUCUGCUAAUAAAUGUAUGCCCAUAUCGACUGAGUUAACAAACAAUAUUCGAUUUUUCUACCAAAACAGAACAGAAAGCGAAAUUAAAACAAGGGCAACACCUGCAUGAAUUCAUUGAGCAAUAUCAACAAAUAUCAUAAACUUUUAGCUAAAUCAGUGCAAUGUUUCUUUUUGAUGCGUCACGGUUAUCAAAAUCGUGACUUGAAUAAGGCUCUUGCCAGUUCAUUCUUU